UACCCACCCACACCCCCUACCUAAUGGUUUUGGUUGGUAGGGAUGGCGUUUAUGUUAUGUAGAGGUAUCCUUUGUGUUCCGUGAAACCCUGAAUCUGCAAAACAUGGAGGGAACGUUGACUGGAACAACCACUCUACUCUUCUUCUCCAAAACCCUCCCCCGUUGUUCUCAAAUCUACCGGACUCAGUUACCAGUCCGACGAACCACAACCACCGCCAACGCUGCGUUUCUGAGACCCCUAAGAAAGUUGGGCUCCAAGUCUCCGUUGUUCGAACGGGUGUCUCCUGUCUCCGCUGGAGGAAUUGAUGAUGCUUCACCUUCUUCUUCUUCUUCGUCAGAUGUCAUAGUUCUUGAUGUUCGUGGGAUGAUGUGUGAUGGAUGUGCAUCAAGUGUGAAAAGAAUAUUGGAGAAUCAAUCACAAGUGUCAUCUGCAAAUGUGGAUCAUAAAACAGAAACCGCAAUUGUCUGGCCUGUACCUGAAGCGAAGGAUACGCCUGGCUGGCAGAAAGUAAUUGGAGAAGAAAUUGCAAAGAAUCUGACAAAUUGUGGGUUUGACUCUAACCUUAGAGGUGAGGCUGCUGCCUGAAGGAGAAUCAUCUUAGAAAUGCCAAGGAUCAUGGCCACAAGUGUUGGUCUCAUUUGGUCUCCAUUUGUACUUUAAAUAUGAUUUUGCAGGGUGUGUAACAACUGCUGUGAACUCUUAUUCUAAUAAAUUGCAGUUUUAGUAUACAUUUUCUGGUCCUCAAAUAGAGGAUGAUCUUAUUAUUUAUCUGAUAAAUAAAGUUUUAUUCAUUUAA